ACAUGAAUCGACAGUUGAUAUCGGACGAUCGUCGGAUAUAGAGUGGUGUAUUGUGAAAAUUCAUUUACAUUGAAUGCGUACAGCACAAUAGUGUUUGUUUUGUCGCUGGUCCGUAUGUGAAUCACUUUAUUAUGAUUGUGUUUAUAAUGAAUGGCUCUCUUCUCACAUUGUUGUUGUUUUGCUUUGUGUCGAUGUCGAAUGGAUUUAAUGCUAGUGAAGACAUAUACUAUGAGCUGUAUACAAACGACCAGCCACUCACUCAUUUCCAUAAUUUGUUAACAAGCAACAAUGAUAACAAUCGUUCUCUGCCGACCGCUGAGAGUCCAUUUAAUCACACUCGUCCAACACGGUUUUAUGUGCAUGGUUAUCGCAGCAAGAGGAAAAAUUUCCUUAAGUACGCCGAGACAUAUCGGUCGAAGGGAGAUUUUAAUUUUAUCGCCGUUAAUUGGCUGGCAGGCUCACAGACAUUAAACUAUUACAAAGCGCGAAAUCGCGUCCAAACAAUUGCUGUCGAGUUGGCACUUCUCAUUGAAAACUUGGUUCAAUACAAUCAUCUUGACUUAAGAGAUGUCAUAUUGAUUGGCCAUUCGUUGGGCAGUCACAUCGUCGGAAUAGCCGCAAAACGUAUUCAGUCCGGUAGAAUACCAAUUAUAGUUGGUUUGGAUCCUGCCUAUCCGCUGUUCAGUAAGUCGAAACACGAAGAACGGUUGGCACGGACUGACGCCGAUUAUGUGCAAGUUAUUCACACAUCAAUUGGACAACUAUCAAUUCCUUAUCCGAUCGGUCAUGCCGAUUUCUAUCCGAACUAUGGCAGCAACCAAAGCGGUUGCAGUAAGAACACAUAUCAAGGUUUCUGUUCGCAUAGUCGAGCACACCAUUUGUUCCUAGAAAGUUUGCAGCGCAACUGUUUCUUGGCCACAAAAUGUGGUUCAUAUGACGAAAUUAAAAACAAAAAUUGUACAUCGUCUGGUCCAGAUGUUAUCAUGGGUGGUGAGUUCAAUCAAUUGCUGGCAGCUACAGAAGGAAUUUAUUAUUUACCGACGCAUUCCGAAUCACCGUAUGGAAUGAACUGUUCCAUAAUGGCUCACAGCAAUGACGGCAGCAUUUUGUCUUAAUGUAAUGCCUAAUGCCCCAAUUCGUUUAGCUUUGAUUCGUUUUAUCUUUCCAAAUACUGGUCCCUUUAUACGUUUAAUGGAACAUUGUGAUGGAAUUAAAACGACGCGGCGUUAAAUUAAAUUAUGUUCUCAAUAUUAUUCGCCCUGUUAUGAGAAAAUACUGUUCUCUCCGUACAUUAUAAUACAGAGAAAAUGAAAUGCGAUCAUAAA